AUGGCUGGGUCGAGCGAUUGGAAUCUCAUUGACGUUGAGUCUUUGCCGGGUCCCAAUGGACCACCUCCUGGAUCCUCUCGGGGCCCAACACCAGGAACAGCACCCUCAGAAGAUAACCCGGCGCUGCCCACUCGUCCGACCGAGGAUGACGCAAGAUGGACUUCGCCCAGACCACCAGUAGAUGCGAAGGCGGAAACAUACCAGGUGAAGAACAUUCGCUGGCAAGAUGGAAAUUCCUCUAAUGGAGAUACCCGCGUGUCGCCCAUCCUUGUCCAGAAUGCCAACGGGCCCUGCCCAUUGGUGGCCCUGGUCAACGCCCUCUCCCUGACAACCCCGCCAGAUCACAGUGAUGCUACGUUGGUGGAGGUUCUAAGAUCGAGGGAGCAAGUCAGCCUCAACCUUCUUUUGGACGCCGUCUUCGAAGAGUUGAUGUCUCCACGACGACUAGGCGAGGAUGGCUCUCUACCUGAUAUUACUGAUUUGUACGCGUUUUUGCAGAGCCUGCACACCGGGAUGAACGUCAACCCACGGUUUGCUCCGUCUGAUGCUGUGAGGCAGGCGUUUGAGAGAACCACCCUGACGCAUCUGAACCCUUCCGAGAGAGGCACCUACAUUCCGGGAACCUUCGAAAACACGCAAGAGAUGGGUCUCUAUGCUACCUUCAAGAUCCCCCUUAUCCACGGUUGGCUACCUCCGCUCGGCGACCCGGCUUACGAGGCCAUGGAGCGCCAGGGAGCUUCGUACGAAGACGCGCAAAACUUGCUAUUCCGGGAAGAGGAGCUGGAUCGCAAACUCUCAAACUCGAGCAUCGGCCUGACGGAGGAUGAGCAGCAGCUCUACCAGGAUGUCUACACAAUCAAAGGUUUCCUGGAGAACUCGGCUACGCAACUCACAUCGUGGGGUAUUCAGGUUAUCUCUAGAGCUAUUCGGCCCGGAACUUUUGCCAUUCUCUUCAGAAAUGACCAUUUCAGCACGUUAUACUGCCAUCCGCAGACGAAUCAACUGGUCACGCUGGUGACGGACGAUGGGUACCGUUCUCACGAGGAGGUUGUGUGGGAAAGCUUGGUGGACAUCAAUGGGGAGCGCACUCAGUAUCUUUCUGGCGAUUUCAAGGUCGUUGGGUCGGACGCCUCAAGCAGUUUUGGAGGUUAUUCUGAAGGACAAGGUUCAGAAUGGACUACUGUCUCGAACAAGCGUGGAAAGGCACGCCAAACAGUAACCGAGCCUGAAGCGGGCCCAGUGCUGUCGGCCGCUGAGCAAGAAGACAGAGAUCUUGCCCUGGCAUUGCAGCUACAGGAAGAGGAAGAUCAAAAACAUAGGGAAGAGGAGGCUCGGCGCAAGAGGGAGCAAGAGCUGUCGAACCGCGUCAUCGAGCAGCAAGGCCGCCAGCCAUACAGAAGCAUAUCCAACACUACUCCAUCUUCACCUGGCAUGUCAACAGGCAUGUCAACAGGCAUUGCUCCCGCGCGACGCAGCUCCAACACCCUUAACGUGACGGUUGGGCCGAAUAACACCCCUCGAACACCUCCGCGCCCGGUGACCCAGCAGAUCCGCCCCAUGGUCCCUCCGCGGCGAAGUAACGUGCCGCCUACGAAUAGAGCCCAGGAGGACGGUGCCGAUGCGCCGCCACCGUAUGAGCAGGCGGCUCAGUCGGAGCCCUACGUGCCUCCGCCUGGACAUCCCAACCAUCCCGGGAGCUCACCAAGCAUGUCUCGGCAGUCAACCAACGCCAGCAACAACGGCGCGUUCCCUCCACCACGGCAGGGUCAGCGCUUACCGGGCCAGGCUGCGGCCGUGCCCGCGGGGUUUAGACAAAAUCUACACGGAGCACGCGAAAGGGAUAGGGACUGUAUCGUGAUGUGA